CAACCAAUGCCCCACUGCCGCCGCCAAUGAACUGGAAAGCAAGGUCUCUGACCGAAUCAUUGUGAUUUAGGAGUUACGUUUUCAUUUCAAUUAUAAAAGACAAUACCACAGGAAGUGUACAACUUCCACGCUUCGAACCCUAAAAGUCGAGAAAACUAUCACAGUUUUAAUCCGCGUAAAAUACCAACUUCGUUCCACGGUUGUUGGGCCCAGUAUAAAUGAUCAACGCAAUUCUGAAAUGUCAUCAGUCGAACUGUGACGGUAAACCAUUAGCACGAUGUUAGUAACAGUGUUUAUACUUGCGUUUAGUGCAUUGGCGUGUGGACAGGAUAUGAAAAAAGUUGAGCUAGCCGAAGAAAAGACGCCGUACGAUUAUGUGAAUGAACGUUUAGACGCUAUUGGAAUGGAUGCACGUUCUGGAUUGCCAUUAUCAAAUUCGUACGAAGUGGAAGAAAGUGAAGACUACCCCGAGGCUAUCAAAGGUGCAGCGUCUAACGUUUUGAAUACAGUUACUGGUGUUGGUGGUAUUGGAUUGGGCCAAGGACUAGGUUUUGGUGGUCUAGGACUAGGAACAGGGAUAGGUCAAGGAAUAGGUAUCGGUUUAGGUGGUGUUGGAGGUUUAGGCGUCGGUGGUUUCGGGGUUGGAGGAAUUGGACUUAAUAACGGAGGAAUCGGAGUCAUUGGAGGACAAGGCAUUGGUGCAGGCGGCGUAGGCCUGCCUAACGGGAUCGGUUAUAUUAACCCCGGACUUGCCGGUCUUGGAGGAUUUGGAGGUAUUGGGGUUGGGAAUGGUUACCUAUACCAUCCUAUCUUGGGAGCUGCCGGAGGUGGUUAUUUAGAUAAGAAAGCUUACGACGCUGCGCAGAAAAAGGACGCCGAUGAAAACAUUGAAAAGGUAGAAAAGAAGGUAGAGGAAGAAGCGAAACACGGCCAGGAAGGAUUCCAGCAGGCAGCAGAAGCGGCAAAAUCCGAAAAAGGAGAAUCUGGUUUCUACAAAGGAGAAGAGGCGAAAAAGAAAGCGGCCGGAGAUGAGAAGUUUUACGAAGGUGGACAGAAAAUCGAUAAACAAGGUGCUAACGAAGAACAUGUCAAGAAAGCAAAGAGUCAUAAGAAAGGUCACGUGAGCAAAGGAUUCAAGACCUCCAGUAGUAAGAAUGAGGAAGAAAAAUCUGAAAGCUUCUACGACGAGGCUCAUGAUGAAGCCGAUCAUAAAGUCUCCGGACAGAACGCAGGUUCAUUCGGAGAGCAGUCGCAGCAUGGAUUCAAAGGUGCACAUGAAGAGAAGGUACUCGAUGCUAACUCGCAAGGCAAAGAAGGUCACCACUUAUCUGAACAUAAACUUGACGAUACUAAAGCUAAUAAGGGCGAGUUUCUUCAGAAAGGGUACAAAGGUGGUGCGGAACAAUUGGAGAAGUUUAACAACUUGGGUGCCCACUCUAUACACGGUCAUCAGGAGGCAUCCGGGGGAUACCAACAGAACAAAGCUAUACUGCCAAUCCAUUGACGAAAUACCAUCCAUACGAAAACCUGCGAUUGUUUUGUUACAACUGA